CGGGUCCUAGUGUCUCCCCAGGCUCUGAGGCUUGGUGGUGCCACCUGGCUGAGUUGGGUGGUAGCUUGGUUGUCUGGAUCUCUACUAUCCAGAAGUUCAGAAUUUAUAGAGAGAGAGAGAGAGAUAGUGAGACGAGGGAGACGAGGAGAAGGGAAGGAAGGAAUCAGAGGCUAUAAAGUUGGAGGGAUCAAUUCCUUUCUGUCUUUAUUCGAAGAGUUCAUCUGUUUAUUCCCCUUGUUUUGGGGAUCGCAUGGCCUCGAGUCAUACUUGGUGGGAUUUCUAGCUCCCGUUUUUGCAGCUUGUGUGGGGGGUACCUUGCUGUUUCCUUUAUCCAGUGAUCUAGGCAUGUGGUUGGAUACAACGAGAAGGCAAUUAUGUCGACUACACAAAGAGAUAGCUCAAGCAAUCCUUCAACUUCAUACACUUUCAACCGGAUCCGGCAUCGUAGGCGUUCAAAUGAGGUCAUCCAUGAGGCAGACAAAGCAAGUGGAGGCCAUUUGCUUGUUGAUGACCAAAACAAGUAUAAGUCCAUGCGAACACGUGCAUGGUCAACUGUCUGGAUGCUUGGAGGAUUUGCUUUGAUCAUUUAUAUGGGACAUCUCUAUAUUUGGGCAAUGAUCAUAGCCAUCCAAAUCUUUAUGGUAAGGGAAGUUUUCAACUUAGCAAGAAAGGCUCGUGAAGAUAGAGAUCUUCCUGGAUUUAGGAUUCUGAAUUGGCAUUUCUUUUUCACAACAAUGAUAUUUGUCUAUGGCUAUUUUCUUCGGCGGCAGCUGGUGAACACUGUACUCUCAGAUAAAUUCUUAUAUCGGCUCGUGAGCAGCUUUAUCAAAUAUCAGCUGUUUAUAUGCUAUUUCUUGUACAUCUCAGGCUUUGUAUGGUUCAUACUUACUCUAAAGAUGAAGAUGUACAAGUAUCAGUUUGGCCAGUUUGCUUGGACGCACAUGAUUCUGCUUGUUGUGUUCACCCAAUCUGCAUUUACUGUAGCAAACAUAUUUGAAGGGAUUUUCUGGUUUCUUCUGCCUGCGUUUCUUAUUGUUAUUAAUGACAUUGCUGCUUAUAUUUUUGGCUUCUUCUUUGGCCGAACACCUUUGAUCAAGUUAUCUCCGAAGAAAACUUGGGAAGGCUUCAUUGGGGCAUCUGUUACAACCAUAAUAUCAGCAUUCUUGUUAGCAAACUUUUUGGGACGUUUCCAAUGGCUAACAUGUCCAAGGAAGGAUCUAUCUACAGGGUGGCUCCAUUGUGAUCCUGGUCCUUUGUUCAAGCCUAAAUGUUACUCCCUUGGGAUGUUGCCUUCCUGGUUCCCUUGGAAAGAGAUCACAGUUUUGCCUGUUCAGUGGCAUGCUUUAGCACUUGGACUAUUUGCAUCGAGCAUAGCACCUUUUGGUGGUUUUUUCGCAAGUGGCUUCAAAAGGGCCUUUAAGAUCAAGGACUUUGGUGACAGCAUACCUGGGCAUGGUGGCAUGACUGAUCGCAUGGAUUGUCAGAUGGUGAUGGCUGUAUUCUCUUACAUCUAUUAUCAGUCAUUCAUUGUGCCUCAUAACGACACCGUUGACACUAUCCUUCAACAGAUCUUGGGUAACCUAUCAAUCGAGGAUCAAAUCGACCUAUAUAGGCAGCUUGGUGAUAGACUGAUGGCGUCGCAUCUCAAUAGCUCUUGAAGCUUACCCCUGUAACAUAAAUACUUGUUUUGUAUAGGCGGUUUCUGUCCAUGUCCUGUUCCCGACAUUUCUUGUUUCUCCUUAUUUGGAAAAGUUGGGCAGCUUUAGUUAAGUUUGAUUUUGUUUUUCUGCUCUGAAGAACAUGGUUCAGUGAACGUUCACCUCUCUCUCUCGAUUGAGAUGGAAGUGGUUUUGCGUCUUCACAUUUACUCGAUUGUUUCAA